CAUGUACACGGAUUUCGUGCGAACAUCAACACCGACAUUGAAUGAUGAUUUAGCCGACUAUCAAAUUGAGAUAGGUUUUGCAUCAUGGUUCAGACAAUACGUUCAUAAGCCACAAAAUGGGAUAACUGAUGACAUAGUACGAAGUGUGGCAAGAGGACCAUUGAGGAGUGUUAAGAUUUGGCAUAUGUGUUAUGUCAAUGGAUAGAAAUUCGACAUCGAUGCGAGGAGCGAAGGCAAGUCAAAGAUCAACAAUGAUGUAGGCAUGCGGGGGACCAAUUAUGGACAAUCAGAAAAUGACUACUAUGGAGUACUGAAAGAGAUUGUUCAAUUGGAAUUAACAGGACUACCGAUAAAGAAAAUUAUUCUUUUUAAUUGUGAGUGGUUCGACCCAACUCCUAAUCGAGGUAUGCGAAUCCAUAAACAUAAUGAUCUUGUCGAGGUUAAACGUAGAGGAAGGUACAAUAAGUUUGAUCCAUUUAUAAUUGCACAACAAGCGGAGCAAGCUUACUUUGCUCUUUAUCCAGAAGGGGUACGUGAUCCACAAGAUUGGUUGGCCGUGAUUAAGACAAAAGCCAAGCACACAAUUACUGGACAAUCAAAGCAAGUCGAUGAUGCCUUUCAAGAUGAUGAAAUUCCAGUUGAGCAAGUUGGACUAGACACUGACCAAUUGGAUUCUCUAAUAGACAAUGAAGCUGAACCCGAGGAAGUACCGGACGAAUACUCUGCAAGAGAAUUAAUGAUUGAGGAAGAGAAUGAUGAUGAUGAUGAUGAUGAUGAAUUGCAAUCGUAUGAUUCAGAGAUAGAGGAAGAGUUGGAAAAUUAUGAAGAAUGUUAUGAAGAUGAUUAAUAAUGUG